AGUUACUACCAGUAGAAUUAUCAUAUUGACACAGUCCUCCUAUAUAUAUCAUCAACCUGAAUUACAAGGUUCUCUCCACCUAUAAAUACACACUCUUCUUCCUCCUGUAAAACAAAAAUAGCUCCAUCUUCCAGGGAGUAAAAUAAUUGAUACUCGAGCUCCUUCCAUGGUUACCAUCUUCACACCAUGCCUAGCUCCUCUCCAGAUCUCCGCUUCUCCUUCUCCAGGUGGUUUAAAAUAUUUGGACGCCAGAAAAGCGAGGAGGACGAUGCAAAAGACUCAACUCCAGUGGAGUGCUACGCUUGCACACAAGUAGGCCUCCCGGUAUUCCACUCCACAACUUGUGACCAAGUCCACCAGCCCCAAUGGGAAGCCUCUGCCGGCUCUUCCUUAGUCCCCAUCCGAGCCCGAGCCCCCAACCGCACCACGAAAAUUCCCCGAACCUCAGGCCCAUUCGGACCCGUCCUUGACCCCAGGAGCAAACGGGUCCAGAGAUGGAACCGCGCUUUUUUACUCGCACGUGGCAUGGCCUUAGCCGUGGAUCCUCUCUUCUUCUACUCGCUCUCGAUUGGCCGAGGCGGCUCCCCGUGCUUGUACAUGGAUGGCGGGUUAGCCGCGGUGGUGACCGUGAUCAGGACUUGCGUGGAUGCGGUGCAUCUGUUCCAUGUCUGGCUCCAGUUCCGCUUGGCCUACGUGUCCAGGGAGACUUUAGUGGUUGGCUGCGGGAAACUCGUGUGGGAUGCGCGUUCUAUUGCUGCGCAUUAUUUGCGCUCACUCAAGGGCUUCUGGUUCGAUGCUUUCGUUAUACUUCCCGUUCCACAGGCUGUGUUCUGGUUAGUGGUUCCGAAAUUGAUAAGAGAAGAGAAGAUAAAGCUGAUCAUGACAAUUCUUCUGCUUAUCUUUUUAUUUCAAUUCCUCCCCAAGGUCUACCAUAGCAUUUGCUUGAUGAGAAAAAUGCAGGAGGUCACAGGCUAUAUAUUUGGGACCAUUUGGUGGGGUUUUGCCCUUAAUCUCAUCGCGUACUUUAUUGCCUCUCAUGUGGCUGGGGGAUGCUGGUAUGUUCUUGCUAUACAGAGAGUCGCGUCUUGCCUUAGGCAACAAUGUGAGAGGAAAGCUUCAUGUGAUCUCUCCUUGUCUUGCUCCGAGGAGGUGUGUUACCAGCUUUUUAUGUCAGCUGCGGAUACACUAGACAAUCCCUGUGGUGGUAACUCAAGCAGUGUGCUCAGAAAUCCAAUAUGUUUAGAUGUUAACGGACCAUUCCAUUAUGGUAUCUAUAAGGGUGCUCUUCCGGUCAUUUCCAGUAACUCUGUGGCCGUCAAGAUUCUCUACCCCAUCUUUUGGGGUUUAAUGACCCUCAGCACAUUUGGCAAUGACCUAGAACCAACAAGUAACUGGCUAGAAGUGGUAUUUAGUAUAACAAAUGUGCUUAGUGGUUUAAUGCUCUUCACUCUGUUGAUUGGAAAUAUUCAGGUAUUCCUGCACGCGGUUAUGGCAAAGAAGAGGAAAAUGCAGAUACGAAUCAGAGACAUGGAAUGGUGGAUGAAGAGGAGACAGUUACCAUCUCAGUUGAGAAACAGAGUCAGGCACUACGAACGCCAGAAAUGGUCAGCCAUGGGAGGUCAUGAUGAAAUGGAGGUGGUUAAAGACUUGCCUGAAGGACUCAGACGUGAUAUCAAACGAUUCCUUUGCUUAGAUCUCAUUAGAAAGGUACCACUUUUUCAAAGUCUAGAUGAUCUGAUCCUCGACAACAUAUGUGACCGUGUUAAGCCCCUUGUUUUCUCCAAAAACGAAAAGAUCAUUCGGGAAGGGGACCCUGUACCUAGACUUGUGUUCAUUGUCAAGGGACGCGUGAAAAGUACCCAAAACUUAAGCAGAGGCAUAGUAGCCACGAGCAUUCUAGAGCCCGGAGGCUUCCUGGGAGAUGAACUUCUGUCGUGGUGCCUUAGACGCCCUUUCAUUGACAGACUGCCUAGUUCAUCAGCUACAUUCACUUGCCUCGAACCAACAGAAGUAUUCGAACUUGGAGCCAACAAUCUGCGAUACAUCACUGAUCAUUUCCGUUACAAAUUCAAUAAUGAGAGACUAAAGAGAACAGCAAGGUUUUAUUCAUCCAACUGGAGAACAUGGGCUGCUGUUAAUAUCCAACUGUCUUGGAGGCGUUACAUUGCCAGGACUAGGCCUACGGUGAUCAAUCCUGUUACUGAAAAUGGCGGCGAUAGGAAACUACUCAAGUAUGCUGCAGUUUUCAUGUCCCUCCGGCCACAUGAUCACCUGGAAUAAGUAGAAAAUAAAGUUACAAAUAUGGAGGACAGUAGUUAAUUUCUUAUCAGCUGAAUUGUUACUGAAUAUUCUGAUCUUGGUUCUGUCAGGUUCAUGCAAGAAUAAAGUAGCACAUGCUUUUAUUGUAUGUUACUAUGUUAUGUUAUGCAAGAUCUGUGGCAAGCAAGAUGCAGGACUCAAGUAUAUGAUGUCAAGACUCAAGAUCAAGAUUCUUACUCUUAAAUAAUUAAUUUAUUGAACUGGACAAA